AUGGGCCUUUCCCAGAAGACGAUUGCCAGCUUCACAUCGGCUUCAGGAUUCCAGUUCUGGCUCUGGAGGAUUUGGCGGCUCCGGCUCCAGCGGCUGGGGAUCGGGAUCUGGCUCGUAUGGUGGCAGCUGGCACCAUUCUGGCUCCUUUGGAUCUGCCUGGAGCUGAUUUCACCAAGGGUUGCAAUGACCUUGAAUGUGCAUCAAGUUGCUUGUUCCUAUGUCAUGCAGGGCUACGGUCAUUCUGGCUCCUAUCGAAGCUACCACCACUCUGGCUCCUUUGGAUCUGGCUAUGGCCAUUCUUAUGGAUCCAGCUACCAUUCCUCUGGAUAUGGCCUUCCUGGCGGAGAUUCCAGCUCUUGGACACCCUCAAGCUCCCACCAUGUCAUUGUCGGAGGAGACGAGAGCUCUUGGGCACCAUCAAGCUCUAGCAGUGUCAUCGUCGGAGGAGACGAGAGCUCUUGGGCACCAUCAAGCUCCAGUGCCAUUGUUGGCGGAGAUUCAAGCUCUUGGGCACCCUCAAGCUCCCAUCAUGUCAUUGUCGGAGGAGACGAGAGCUCUUGGGCACCAUCAAGCUCCAGUGUCAUUGUCGGAGGAGACGAGAGCUCUUGGGCACCAUCAAGCUCCAGCAGUGCCAUUGUUGGGGGAGAUUCGAGCUCUUGGGCACCGACAUCGCACACUGUGGUCGGAAGAUCAGAGACGGGUACUACCGAUCGCGGCAGCUCUGGCCACGAGUUCAGCAGCUACGGCGGCGGCCGUUACGGAGGGUAUGGUGGCCACCAUUACACAACACAUAGCUACAGCAGCCCAGGCUAUGGCUACAGCCACCGUAGCUAUGGCCACUAUGGCAGCCAUGGCUACGGUAGCCACAGCUAUGGCAGCUACGGCAGCGGUGGCGGCAGCUACAGCAGCGGAGGCGGCAGCUACAGCAGCGGUGGUGGCAGCUACAGCAGCGGCGGUGGCUACAGCAGCGGCGGUGGCUACAGCAGCGGUGGCGGCAGCUACAGCAGCGGCGGUGGCAGCUACAGCAGCGGCGGUGGCAGCUACAGCAGCGGCGGUGGGAGUGGCAUCUCAGGUGGUGUGUCGGAUGAGAAUGGAAUCACCUCAUGCGGCAGUGGAACUGUGCACCAAUGCCCAGCUGACUGGAAGACACCGGGCAACGCGGGUGGCUACCACUGUCUGCACAAGUUGGCAAGGCAGACCUCUGAGACUGCCUACCAGAAGUCUGGUGGUGCUUGCCGCCCUGCUGGUCAUGGACCUUUCCCCCAGAGCGAUUGCCAAGUUCAAUGCCGCAUUGGUGGCCACUCGCGGCUGUUGGUUCAACCCCAAACUGAAGGGAGUGUCUGGAAGAUGAAGAAGAAGCUUUCUGAGACAAAGCUUUCGAAGAAGGUGAAGAAGUCGAAAGGGAAAAAGCUGUAG